AUGAUGAAUGACGAAUCUUUUGGUGAUGAUGAAACUCUUGUUGAUGAUAAUCAUUAUGAUGACUCUAUUGUUACAGUCAUCGCUGGUUCCAUUGUAGCACCUGGAUUUAUGAGCGCACUCAGCCAUAACAGUCGUUCACACAAUAGUCGAGCUUGUGCUGCACUUCUGUCGAAACGGUAUCGUCCACCAACAGCGGUAGCCAAUGCAACAGAACCAAUCUUAGAAAAAUCUGAAAAUAUAAGUGUAGCAAGCGGAAAUCUGUCAAAUGUUUAUUAUCAACCAUAUUUUAUGUUGUAUGGUGAAGUUUUUGCUGAUGACAUAGAUCCACCCUGCGGAGAAGAUCCAAGGCAACCACCAUGUGUCACUGGUCAUUGGGUUACACCUAUAACAAUGUCAAUGUAUCUGUUGAUUGCUAACAUUUUACUCAUAAAUCUGUUAAUUGCUGUUUUCAAUAAUAUUUUCAACGAAGUCAACUCGGUUUCACAUCAGGUUUGGAUGUUUCAGCGUUUCACGGUUGUCAUGGAGUAUCAACAAAAGCCAGUAUUACCGCCGCCAUUCAUAGCAUUUUGUCAUUUUUAUUCACUGCUUAAGUACUGUGUUCGCAAAGCCAAAGGAUUGGAGGUACAACGCGAUAAUGGACUUAAAUUGUUUCUCGAAAAGGAUGACCUGGAGCGUUUAUAUGAUUUCGAGGAGGAAUGCGUUGAAGGAUUCUUUCACGAACAGGAAAUUAUAUUAAAUCAAUCGACAGAUGAACGUGUUAAAAAUACAACUGAACGUGUUGAAGUUAUGACACAAAAAAUAGAAGAUAUAAAUCAAAAAGAGAAUGCACAAACAGCUACAGUUCAGAGCAUCGAAUUUCGCUUGCGUAAGAUGGAAGAAUCGUCAGAACAGAUACUAUCACACUUGGCCGUCAUACAUAGAUUUAUGGCAAUGCAUAUCACUGGCCAGGAUGAUGUGCACCUAUCCAACAUGAAUAUUCCAGUCGAUUUGCAACGUGUGCGCACGAUUUCCGUAUCAGAUAACGAAACUAAUGCAACACAUAAUUUGCAGGUAACUAAUCGUCGGCGUUUUAACCGUUCAUUAACUGAGGUACGUCCUGAUGCGUACAUCUUCGAUGAGGGAACACAUUUUGAGGUGGUGCCAGUGCCAGAGGAAACAGAUGAAAUGGUAAAAUCACGUGAAGCAUUAAAUGAACCGGUUGUGCGUAAAAUUUCUAUGCAAUCUGAAUCUGACUCCGAUAUGUUUCUACCUCUAUCUCAACGUCCCUCCACCUGUGAGACUAUUAAACGUACACCAUAUGUUACUGUGCGACAGGAUACAGGCGCUAGUACCGAAAGUAAAGAUACGUUGACACCAUUAGGUAAUGAUGAUGAACAAACUUUAGUAGGUGAGAACUCUGAUGAAACAGCACCUGACAUCAAUUUUGAAGCUGCCAAACACCGUGCUAUGCGUCAACGUACAGUUUCACUUUGUCGUCGCAAUUCGGAAACUUGUUCAAUUACUGCAGAUAUUGCACGCUCUCACAUAAGCCUUAAUCAAUUGCCACUCACACGUCGACAAAUGAGUUUGACACAAUCUGAGCCUGAAAGCGAUAAGGAGCAAGCAACUGGCAAAACAGUACUGCAUGCGAAACCUUCCAGAAAUAUACUACUGAGGCUUCACACAGAAUACACGUCCAUUACGGAUGAACUGGAGAGUGUGUGUCAUAUGAUAGCAUCGCCAACAGCAUCACUUCAGAGCAAUAAAGCUUCAUUGGAUCGGCCCAAAACUGAAAUGUCCAAAGCAGAGUUUGCUGCUAUGUUGGAAAAACAACACCUUAAGGAAUGCGAAGAAAAUGAUUACAUGAUGUUAGAAGGACUUUUUCAAGCGCGUGCUUCCAUUGACAACACUAAUGGCUCAUUUGAGACCGGUAUAUCCAUUGACUACAGCCACCGUUAUCCGUUGCGCCGCGAGACCGCUAUUGAGCUAUCACCCUCUAAGCCAUCGGCAGAGGGUGAUGUUAUAGGUUGUUCAGGUAGUAGCGACACAAGCGGGGCAGGUAGCGCUGGAUAUACCUGUACGGCAGCCACAAUAACUACGGGUCAAAGUGGUUUCGAAAUACGAAACGAAAGACCCUGGCAUCGAAACUCAUCAAUGGAACAGCAACAAUCAUAUCAAUCACCAGUGGUACCAACACGUGCCACAAGUGAAUUCCUUAAUGCACCAUACGAAAGUUCACAUCGGCUAUUUAAAAAAUCAAGUGAAAGCUUACAAAAGAAUUCAAGCACAGAAACUGAUUAUUCUGCACAUCCAUAUCGUUUCAUCAAACAAAGCUCAAAUGAUACAACAACAUCGAUGACUGGUUCCUAUAAUAUCGAUAAUAUAUCGCUGGCACCUGAACUUUCUUUAGAUGCUGGCGAUUCACCAUCACAAAUGCAAAGUCAAACAACAGUACCAACUGUUGUGGAAACUAUCGCUGUCAGUACAACGCGUGCAGCUGGUGGCACUAGCAGUAGUGGUUAUGCUAGUGGUGUCGUUAGCACUUCAGGACGUUAUCAACCGAUACGUACAUCAUCCGUUGGUGCUGCUGAUCUCAGACGCCGACGCGGUGAAUGUACAAGUUCCUUAGAUAUCGGGACUUCGGCGAUAAUGUCACAAGUGCAGCCACCACCACCACGUGCACUGCAAUUGAAGAAACAGUUUAGCUUGGAUCAAGGUAAGCAGCAACAAACACCAACUGCUACACAUGCAGAUACGAGUAGUUCAAGUGCUGCUAUAACAAAGCCUACACCAGCCAAACUAAGUUCCUCACUCAAACCACCACCACCGGCUGGUAAAUUGGGUCUUAAUGUGCUUAACGAAAGCAGUUCCAGCACAGAAGAAUCAAAAGAUGGUGACCUGACUGGUGCAGCUGGUGGUUUGUUGACUAUACCACAGAUAAGUACGCAUAAUGUACAAGAUGAAAUAGCCAAAUUAUCAUUAAAUAUAAAGAGUAGCACUGAAUCCGAGAAGGAUCCACCGUACAAUGAGACAAUGUGCUAAAUAGCAUUGCCGUGGCAAACUUAGAUGAAAUACUAGAGCUCAAUAGAAUUUUUGUUUUUAUAAAUGUUUUGAAAUGUAAAUAAAUGUUAAUGCGUGUG